CAGAGACCUCUCUCACCACCACCUAAUCCACAGAGGCCUCUCUCACCACCACCGAAUCCACAAAGACCUCUCUCACCACCACCGAAUCCACAAAGACCUCACUCACCACAGAGACCCCUCUCUCCAUCAGCUAAUAUACACCCACCAACAUCAAACCCACAAAGACCUUUCUCACCUCUUAAUAAUCCACAAAGACCUAUUUCUCCAUCCACUAGUCUACAAAGACCUCUCUCUCCACCACCUAGCUUUCAAAGGCCUCUCUCACCAGCACCUAAUCUACAAAGACCUCUCUUACAAACUCCUAAUCCGCAAAGACCUCUCUCUCCACCACAUAAUCUACAUAGACCUCUCUCGCCAUCAUUUAAUAAAGAGAGAAUUUCAAAUCCACAAUCUUCCAACCACCACUGUCCAUUUUCGUUGUCGAAUUCCAAUCACCAGGUGCCUCUCGCAGCACAGCCUGGCCUACAAAGGGCUUUGUCUCCAGUCCCACAAAAUCACCACAGGUCACUUUCUCCACCACCCAAUCACCAGAAGCCACCAUUACCACAAACAUCCAAUCAUCACAGGACUGUGUCAUCCCAAGCGCACCAUCAGCAGAGACUGACUGCCCUUUCCUUGGACAACCAUAGACCAAUAUCUCCUCUCGCUUCCACCCAACAGAGAGCAUUUUCUCCAGCACCAUCCACCCCUGACAGACCGAUUUCUCCAGUACCUCCAAUGCAACAUAGGCCCCUCUCUCCAUCACCCUGUAACCACCAGAGGCCUCUUUCACCAACGCCUGCAUGUCACCGGCAAAACUUUUCAUGUCCUUCAAGUCAGCAAAAGGCAAUGUUAUCUCCCCAUUUUGGUCAGGAUUUGUCAUUUUUAUAUCCAGCUAUGGACAACUAUAAAGUUACUUCACCACACGCUUUUAAGCAGAAGUCAUGCUUGUCUCAGUCUUUAACCAGUCAGAGGCCACUCUAUGUGCAGCACCUGACACGAAGCCACUUGUCCUCUCCACCACAAGAUUCCCUCUCUUCUCCAUCCUGUUCUAGUUCUUCAUCUCAUCUUUCUGCAGAUUCCCAUAAUCUUCACUGCGCACAUGUCGCUUUGCCUUCACAAGUGCACGUCAACGCCAAAUGUCCUCCAUACAAGCAGUCUCUUCAGACCAAUCUCGAGUACGAUGACCUUCCUCAUUCCGUCAACCCUGAGCACUGCUCUUGUCAAAGCCACAAGAGCCAGCAGUGCCAUUCCGGCUGUGCAAAGCCACACGCCCCAUGCUUGCCACCGCUAAGCGAGCAGCAGGGCUCUCACGCCAAGCGCAAUGCGCUCAGUCUCUCGGAUUCUUCCACCGACCACAGCAGCACCUCGGCCUCCGUCUUCCAGCCCAGUCUCAGACACAGGCACCGCGAGCCGCCAGGGGCGCCAGAUGCUGCAGCGGUACGGGUGAGGAGCGGCCCGCUGUCCACCGAGUGGCUACCGGAUGCGGUGAUGCUGCGGGUGCUGACCCACCUACCGGUGGAGAGCCUGUGCCGCAGCGCGCGCGUGUGCCGCCGCUGGUACUGGCUCGUGUGGGACCCGCGCCUCUGGCAGACGGUUCAGCUUGGAAGGCCCUGGGAUGAAGGCUCAGGGCCGAAUGUGGAGCGAGCAUUGGACGCGCUGACGGCACGGCUGUGUCGGGACACGCCGUUCGUGUGCCUCUCGCUCGAGACGCUGGUGCUGAGUGGCUCCCCAGCGCUGGGCGACGCGGGGCUUCUCACGGUGGCCCGGCGCUGCCCAGAGCUCCGACGUCUUGAGGUGUCAGGCUGCGGCGAAAUCUCCAACCGUGGCCUCCUUGAGGUGGUGACGCGGUGCCCCAACUUGGAGCACCUCGACGUUUCAGACUGCCCGGAGAUCACUUGCGUGAGUCUUAUCCCUGAGGCGUCGUGCCAGGCCUGCCCGCUGCACAGCCGCCACCUGUUGCUGCGCCACCUCGACAUGUCGGGCUGCUCGGGCCUCACGGACGAGGGACUGCUCGCCGUGGCGCGACACUGCCCCCGCCUCGCCCGCCUCUACCUGCGCCGCUGCCCCGGCGUGGCGGACGGGGGCCUGCGUGCCCUCGCGCGCCACUGCACGGCGUUGCGCGAGCUGAGCCUGUGCGACUGCCCCACGGCGACGGACGCCGGCCUGCGGGAUGUGGCGGCUGCGCUGGGCCCAAGGCUCCGCUAUCUGAGCCUGGCACACUGCGAGCGCGUCACGGACGUCACCCUGCGCUGCCUCGGCCGACGCUGCCCCGGGUUGCGCUACUUGAAUGCGCGUGGUUGCCUGGGCGUGACGGACCGUGGGCUCGAAUCGUUGGGCCGCGGGUGCCCGAGACUCAGAAGCCUGGACGUGGGUCGCUGCCCACUGGUCACGGACGUCGGAUUGGAGGUGCUGGCUCGUGGGUGUCCGGGCCUGAAGCGGCUCGGCCUCAAGGGCUGUGAGGGCGUUUCGGAGCGGGGGCUGCGUGGCGUGGCACUCUGCUGCCCCGGGCUGCAGCUGCUGAGCGUGCAAGACUGCAACCUGUCCCCCGACACGCUGCGGUUCGUGCAGCAGCACUGCCGGCGCUGCGUGAUCGAGCACACCAACCUGGGAUGUGUUUGACUCCUCAACGAGCGAUUUACAUUGACAACCUUGGCUUUGGCGAUGGAAGAUAAGAUAGAUUUUUUUAGAGGUAUUGCGGACUGAAACGGUGUGCAAAAUGUUGUAUUUUAUUAUUUUGUGUAAGUUGCAAACACAUGUUAAUCGAAAAUCAUCACUCAUUUAAAGAAUGAAAUUAAUGCCCUUGUUAUCAUUGUAAUAUGAAAAUAGCAAUGCUGCUGAUGCACUUACCUUCUAACUAAUAUGGUAUCCUGCUGUUGAUAAAAUAAGAACGUAGGUGUUGUAGCGACAUUUAACCAAAGUGAAUCUUUUGAGCGUCGUCACAUUUACAAAACCCGAGUAAACAUUAGUAAUUAUUUUCUGCAUCUUAAUAGAACCACCACACCACAGCAGCCUGAAAUGUAUUGAGACCUUUGACCAUAUUUGUGUUUAGGUUUUAUAUCCGUCUGUGUGUGCAUUUCUUAUAAGUCUUUUGUCAUUGGUGUGAAUUGCCUUGAAGGCUCGAUUGAGUUCUGUGUGGGAAGACGGUGAUCCCGGAUGCAACCUGAAGCCAGGGGAGGAAAUGGAAAGGCUGCAGCAGUGAGCGCUGUGGGGAUCCCUCCUAAUGAGCCCGCUCGUGUAGACGGAGUCACUGUUUUUUGUUAAAAGUUCGUUUUCAAAAAAUUUACCGAGAAUUGUUUCGGGAAUGUUCUCUCCCGACGCAUUCUAUCAGAUCACAGUUUGCAGUUCUCCACUGAAAUGUGGAUAUAAAGUGGUUUUCAUGCCAAACAGUUUUCUGGUGUGUGACUUAUCUUCUUUUUUUAAAACUACUAUAUAAAUGAUAACCAUAAUAAUGAAAAAUAAACAUUUAGAAGAAACACAAAUUUCAAGAGAUAGACAAACCGCUGUUUGAGCGCGGUUCAUGGUUUUUCCUGAACCGAAAUGAAUAAGUGCUGCGCCUUCAGCUGACUGCUGAAAGCAGAGGGAGUUUGAAUGCUUCAUAUGUGGAGUGAUAGAGAGUUCCAGAUGAUGGGAGCAGCCGCAGAAAAACGCUGCUCUGUUAAGAGAGUCCUGUUUGUGAGGACGAUCGCGAGAUCUUGGGACAUGCCCCGAAGAACACGGUGCUUCUCAAUGGUAAAAGGUUUCAGGAGAGUGGAGAGAUAUGGCAGCUGACGUUGAAACAUGGCAUGAUGACAGAGUAUGGCAAUCUUAUACUUGUUUCUAGAUUUAAAAGGAAACCAGAACAAGGGUUUGUGCAAGGUUUUUAACGCAGUCAUGCAGUUCAUGUGACUGCACCCAGUACAAAAAUCCCUGGUGAACUCUGGCUGUGGACAUGAUGACUGAUGAUAUCGAGUUUCCAACCUUGGCAUAAGACCAUCAGUUGGCAUAAGACCAACAGGUCAGAUUUAAACCACUGCAGUGCCAUGCAGCUGACAGCAAAAUCUGAUUCCAGGUGCUCCAUUUAGGUGUCAUGAUUAAAUGUGUCAAAGGCAGCAGAUAUAUCAAUGCAGACCAAUGUGAUCAUGGAAUUGGAGUCGACAAGCCAUAAAAAUUGUCAUCAGUGAUCUCAACAAGCGUGGUCUCAGUGGAGUGUGCUGAAUGGUAGACAGACUGGUGUGAGCAAACCAUUGGUGGAAGAGAUGGUGUAGUCUUUGAGUCUAGGAGCUUGGAGGCUAUUGAUGAAUGAGUGAUUGGGCAGUAAGUGGCAGGGUUUAAACCAAGCUUUUUAUUUUGGUGUGACCUGACCAAAUUUCUUUGGCUGGGAAAAUAGAACCACACUCAUGAGCUGUUUGCAAUGUGGACAAUCAUGACUGAGAGUUUAGAGCAUUGCUUGAAGAUGGUGCCCGAUAGGUGGUCAAGGGGAGAGGUGUUUUUAUUGGAGAAGUCUGAAUGAGGCUGAAUACUUCCUGAGGCAUGACAGGUGGGAGAGAGGAAAGCAAAGUUUAAGGGGUAAAAUAAUAAAUGUGACAGUUGGUUGUGACUGGCUGAAUGCAAUGCCCUGAUGGUGGUAGCAAUUUGAUGUGUUGGGGGUUUUUUUGUUUCUUGGAGAACAAGUCAAAAUUUGUGGGGAACCAGGAGCUUUGUAUGGUGAUCACGCUCGGCUAGUUACAGUGGAGGAGGCCAAUCAGUGUGGAUCAGAGUUGAUAGGGAUGAUUCACAACGGAGUUCAUGUGUUCAUUAACGAAGAAAAAAAGUGAGGUUAUGAUUAACAUAGCUGUGGACUUGCAGGCUCGGCAAGUCCCAAUCGAGAGUAGAUGACAUCUAGUCAACAUCUGCAGCAUUUGGAUGCAACGACAGUUGACAAUUGCCAUUGGUUGUCAUGGCUGGAAAUUUAAGGUUGUUAGAUUGUUAAAUGCGUUCCCUUGGUUUGCGCCAACUAUGAAAUCUGAUUAGGGGGAGCCAUGAGAAGGGGUGAUGGGUCAGUAGGUUUGACAGGAAAAUAAGAAUAAUAAUCUGAAAAAUCGUAAUAAGAACCUCAUCCAUUGAGAGGGCUUGACUUAUUUAAGACGCCAUUGGUCAUUCAUUUAAGUGCUUUCAGUCAUAACCUUUUAUGGUAACAUUCUACAACUCUGCUACAGUUAUGGGUUGGACUCAAUGAAAAUAAGCACUUUGUUACAGGAUUAUAUUUUUUUGCAAUGUAUGCAUGUGUAAAUUAGUCUUUUAAAAAGUAAUCAACUCAUAAUCCUGCACAAACUAACUUUAUUGCAAUAUGUUAGGAACACAGCUUGCUUGGGUGUGCAGCUUGUAUGCUGGACAACAGAUUGGCUCUAUUUUCAAAUGUAAUUCAUUGUUGUGUAUAAUUCAUUUGUUGAAAAAGAGAAAAGUUAAGCUUGGAUUAAAACACCUAGAAAGCCAUAGGCAAUUCAUGAUAUUUAAUUUGCUAUUAAACCUAUUUGCUAUAUUAUUAUUUUUUUACAA